GAAAAAAAGAAAAAAGAAACUUACAGGAAACAGCAGCGGCCUUUAACGCAUCAGGGAAGAAGUCAGAACCCUUGACACCGACCCUUUAGAUAGCCUUCUCCACAACACUCCAAACAAGAAAUUAAUCUCCAAUCCCUUCACACUCACCAACUAGAUAUUUUCGCCUAUAUUUCGACGGUUGUCCAAAAUGUAAAGGAACACGACAAGUAGAUGAAACCAAGAAACUCUAGUGUUCCAGGUCCUCGGUCUUUGUUAACGUAUAUUACUUGUAGAUCCCGUCCAAGAAGAAUUUAACCAUGGAGGAGGAAACUUCUUUUGUGGAAUUUUCAGUCAGUCUUCCCAGUUCUUGAUUCGCUUCUUCAGACACACUUCCUCUGUCAACUUCUGUAGAUUUCUCGAGUUUUGGUUGGUCACUUCUAUAAUUACAACCCUUAAAUACUCUUUCUCCACAUACUUGAUACGAGAAAGAAAUGGAAAAUCCUGAUAGCAGAAGCAUUUCUGAGAUUGAAUCAGAGCAACAAGCCUCGACAGAAGAGGUGGUAUCACUUGCUAAGAACUCAGAAUUCGGUAGAGAAAUAUUUACUGAAUUUGCAGUUCUACUAGACAAGUUCACACCGGUUCUUGUAGCAAUAAAGGAUAAUGAGAAACUCAUGGACAGACCGCCAGUCAAAAAGGGAGUUGAAUCCAUAGAGAAAGAGCUUACUCGAGCUAAGAAAUUAAUUGAAGGAGCUUGUUCAAGAUCACCCGUUAAGCAAAUUGUGGUUGUUACUCAAGAACUUGGGAGAUCACUAGGCCUUGUGCUUUUUGCAAGCAUUGAUGCAUCCACAGAAGUUAAACAACAUAUUGCAGCAUUGCACAGAGAAUUGAUGAAUGUGAAGUUUGAUAUCAGUUUUACACCAAGUCCAAGUCCAAGUCCAAGUCCAAGUCUCGGCUCUAGCCCUUGUGUAAUUCAUGGUCCAAGACCAAGCAAAGAAUCCGGGUUCGUAAGUGAGCAGGGCUCUUUUAUUAAUGAAAUUGAGGAGGAAAAGAUUAGUCUUAGCAUUGAUGAUGUAGUGUUACAACUCAAGUAUGGUAAUGAUGAAGAAUUCAGGCUUGCACUUUUGCUCUUAAGUGAUUUUAUUAGGGAUCAGGUAAUUGAUAAAGAGUGGAUCCAUGAAGAAGAUAUUAUUCCAAUUCUGUUUAAUCGGCUAGGCUCGAGCAAGCCUCACAACAGGUUAACUAUCAUCCAGAUACUGAGAAUUCUCGCCUUGGACAAUGAUGAAAACAAGGAGAAAAUGACAGAUGUAGUCUGCUUGUCAGGGUUGGUGAAAUCUUUGGCACGUGAUGCCGAUGAAGGGAGGGAAGCUGUAGGACUGUUGUCAGAACUCUCAGAUAUUUCUGCAGUUAGGCGACGAAUUGGAAGAAUUCAAGGAUGUAUCGUUAUGUUAGUCACCAUGCUUAAUGGGGAUGAUCCAACUGCUUCUCAUGAUGCAGCAAAGUUGUUGAUUGCAUUGUCAAGCAAUACUCAAAAUGUGCUUCAUAUGGCUGAGGCUGGUUACUUUAAACCUCUAGUUCAUUGCCUGAAGGAAGGCUCUGAUAUGAGCAAGAUCCUCAUGGCAACAGCAGUUUCAAGGAUGGAGCUCACAGACCAGUGCAGAGCCUCCCUUGGUGAAGAUGGAGCAGUUGAGCCCCUUGUCAAGAUGUUUAAAUCUGGAAAACUUGAAGCCAAGUUAUCUGCUUUAAAUGCAUUACAAAAUUUGUCAAACUUGACAGAAAAUAUAAAACGUUUGAUCAGUUCAGGUAUUGUAUCACCCCUGCUCCAGCUACUGUUCUCCGUGACAUCUGUCCUUAUGACACUCAGGGAGCCAGCUUCUGCAAUACUUGCAAGGAUUGCUCAAUCAGAAACUAUCCUGGUUAAAAAAGACGUGGCCCAGCAGAUGCUCUCGCUUUUGAAUCUUUCCAGUCCAGCGAUUCAGUAUAAUCUUUUGCAAGCUCUAAAUAGUAUCGCAUCCCACUCUAGUGCAUCCAAAGUAAGAAGAAAAAUGAAGGAAAAUUGUGCAGUCCAGCUUCUUUUACCCUUUCUGACAGAAAGCAACAUCAAGAUCAGAAGUGCUGCAUUAAAUUUGCUUUACACCCUUUCUAAAGAUUCACCAGAAGAGUUCAUGGAACAGCUUGGAGAAUCCUAUCUUAUCAACAUAGUCAAUAUCAUCUCAUCAUCAGCAUCUGAGAGUGAAAAAGCCGCCGCAAUCGGCAUAGUAAGCAAUCUUCCUGUUAGCAAUAAGAAAUCAACAGAAGUACUGAAAAAGUUACAUUUUCUGCCCAUUCUGAUCUCACUAAUGAGUUCAGGUGCAUCAACAUCAACUUCAACAAAAACAUGGUUAGAAGAGAGCAUUGCAGGCGUACUUAUUCGCUUUACCAUUCCUUCUGAUAAGAAAUUGCAGCUUCUUUCAGCAGAACUAGGGGUGAUUCCUAUCCUUUUGAAGUUGCUAGCAAGUGAAUCAUCAGUAACCAAGUGUAGAGCAGCAAUCUCACUCGCACAACUAUCGCAGAACUCAGUAGCUCUUCGAAAGUCCAGAAAAUCACGGUGGACAUGUAUGCCUCCUUCCGCAGACACUUUCUGCCAAGUCCAUGAUGGCUAUUGUGUCGUUAAAAGCACAUUUUGUUUGGUCAAGGCCGGUGCUGUCCCUCCACUGAUCCAAAUAUUGGAAGGUGAAGAGAGGGAAGCUGAUGAAGCUGUCCUCAACGCCCUCGCAACUCUCUUGCAAGAUGAAAUCUGGGAGAGUGGAAGCCUCUACAUGGCCAAAACGUCUGCUGUCCAGGCCAUAAUAAGAGUUUUGGAAUCAGGAACUGUAAAGGCUCAAGAAAAAGCACUAUGGAUAUUAGAGAGAAUUUUUAGCAUUGAAGAACACAGAUCACAACAUGGAGAAUCUGCUCAGGCGGUCCUCAUCGAUCUUGCACAAAAUGGCCAUCCAAGAUUGAAACCCACAGUUGCAAAAGUAUUGGCACGGCUUCAGCUAUUGCAAGAUCAAUCUAGUUACUUUUAAGCAGUGUUAUUAAACCGGGUGCGGGUUGAGUUUAAAAAAAAACCAAGUAAACAAUUUUAUUAUAAAAAAAAUCAAAAUUAUGUCUUUUUAACUGUUUUUUUUUUUAAAAAAGUUAAAAUAACAUUGUUUUAUUCAAUUCGUUUAAGUCAUUCAACUCAUGAUUUAAACAAUGAAUCAAGGUUUAAUACCUCUGUAUUAAAAAGAGAAUUCACAUCGUGUGAGUAUUAUGUCGUGAUUUUUUUAAAUGAUUUUAUACACAUUAUUUCAUUCACUUGUA